AUGGCGACACCAGCGAGCGUGAAAAGAAGUCAGUCCCCUACAAAGCCACCUCUUUUUAAUAGUCAGUUCUAUAGAUGGUGGAAGGUUCGAAUGAGAGACUAUCUCAUGGAUGAGGACAUUGAGGUAUGGAACGUUAUUUGUGAAGGUCCUUCUGUGCCAACUAUGGAGGUUAAAGAUGGAGAGGUUACAAGAGUUAUUGUCAAAACUCGACAACAAUAUAAUGACGCCGACAAAAGAUUAGUCGAGAAAAACCACAAAGCUCGGAAACUACUGAUGUGUGGCAUUAGUAUGAAUGAAUAUGAUCUGAUCUCAUAUUGUGAAUUAGCCAAAGAAAUAUGGGAUCUGUUGAGAACAACUUAUGAGGGUACUGAGGAAAUAAAGAAAUCAAAGCUAGAUCUCGUUACUACUCAGUUUGAAAGUUUCACCAUAAAAGAAGGUGAAUCUAUUCAUGAAAUGCAUACUAGAUUCUCCACCAUUACAAAUAAGCUUAUGUUCCUUGAAGAACCAGUCCCUGUGUGCAAGCAAGUCUCUAAGAUACUGGAAAUUCUUCCUAGAUCUUGGACAAAUGAAUUUGUGAUUGGUGAUGAGACAAGGGACCUGAAGUAG